UAACGCGACAGUUCCCGUCUACGAAUCGUCUCCGCCAAAGGUAACCAAAUCCGAAUCCGAAAUCGGCAACGCCAGCGGUCUAUGAGUGAUUCUCCGGAGUGGCAAAGAAUGGGUUUCAAGCACGCCAUGCUGCAGCGCAGUUACGAUCUCUCCCCAUCGCCGGCGCGAACUUCACCCACAAAUGGAGUUCCAGCUUUGGGUGCCCAGCCACCGGCUCAAGUCACCGACUUUAGUAUCAGUAAAAUCCUGGGAAAGGAACGCAAACCUUCCCAGGAUGCGGGAACUAAUAUACUGGAUCUCUCGAAGAGCAGCGGCAGCAGCAGCGGCAGUAUGAGGAGUCCUCAGCCAGGACUUCCCAUGCCCCAGGCUCCCUAUGGAGGAUACUCCAUGUUGCCGCCAGAUUUGGUGGCCAUGGCCAGUGCCACCAAGUUCUAUGCCCAGUUCUUCCCGCAUCUGCUGCCCGCUUAUGCGGCUGCUGCUGCAGCUGCAGGCUUAAGUACACCACCCACUUCACCCUACCAACAACAGCAUCAGCAGCAGAGUUUGCCAAGCCAACAGAAGAGAUUCUUCGCACCCUAUGUGAUCAAUGGACAGACUCCUCACCAACAACAGCCAGUCCUUCGGCCAAAAAGCACCGCCUGCACUCGACCAGAUUGCCUGGAGUGCCUGGAUUACUACCAAAGAUUGCAGGCCGGUGGCUACAAGCAGGCCACGCCCCUCAUCUCACCCGCCGCCUCUUCCGUGAGCAGUUCCAGUGGCUCCGUGCGACCUGUUAGGGAUCUCCUUAUGAGCGCCGCAGGAGGAGCCGUCGGCACCAACAUCUCACUGACCACCGUCACCAAUCUGAGUCUAAACUCGGUCCAAACCCAGGCCGUCGGAAUGAUGCCAAAAAUGGCCGGAGGAUUGGCUACCACCGCCGUCGGCAGUAAUAGUGGAGUAAUCGGUGGCAUCCCCAACUACAAUCCAACGGCCGCCGAGGAGAUCAGCUACAAGUGCAGGAUUUGCGAGAAGGUCUUCGGGUGCUCCGAAACUCUUCAGGCUCAUGAAAAAACGCACAAGUCUCCACGUUACGAGUGCGCGGACUGCGGAAAAGGCUUUUCCCAGCUGCGGAACUAUAAGUACCACCUUUCCGUUCACCGGGGAACCAAAGAAUUCGCGGCUGAGUGUCCCGAAUGCGGCAAAACGUUCAACGACAAGGGCUAUUUGAGCAGCCACCUGAAGAUCCACAGGAACCGAAAGGAGUAUGAAUGCCCAUAUUGCCCUAAAUCAUUCAACCAACGUGUUGCCUUCAACAUGCACGUACGGAUUCACACGGGAGUUAAACCACACAAAUGCAAUGAGUGCGGCAAGAGAUUCUCGCGGAAAAUGCUGCUUAAACAGCACAUGAGAACUCAUAGUGGAGAAAAACCAUAUCAGUGUUCAGUGUGUGGAAAGUCUUUCGCCGAUCGCAGCAAUAUGACCCUGCACCACCGGCUUCAUUCGGGAAUCAAGCCCUUCAGUUGCCCUCUGUGCCCCAAGGCCUUCACCAAGAAGCACCACCUGAAGACGCAUCUCAAUUACCAUACUGGAUGCAAGCCUUACGUGUGUCCACAUCCCAAUUGCAACCAGGCAUUCACCCAGUCGAGCAAUAUGCGGACCCACGCCAAAAAGUGCCAGUAUCGCCCACUUGAUGGAGUCGCCUCCUCUGCACUUCCUGCCCCUGGAAAAGCUCCUCAGCAGGUGCCGCCAACUUCCCUGGCUUUGGCCAUGGCUCCAACAUUCGCGAUGCCUCCACCACCUGGACCGCUACCAACUUUACCACCUCCGCCAGCCCAGCAAACUCUUCUUAGCAAUCUGAGGACAUUCUGAUCGGGGCGAAGUCGAUGCUGAUAGCAAAAUAGAUACAAACCAAAAUUGAAGCUUUUACCAAGCAUAGUUCUUCCAUUAUUUUUUUUAGUUUUAGGUACAUAAAAACCACUAAAAGCUAAAUUUCGUUAAAAAGAAAAGCAAACAUUGAGCAAUAUAAUUAUUAACCGUAUU